UCCAGCAGGGAACUGUCGUUUCCUAACGUUUGCAGAUAGGCCCGACCAAAUCGUUGAAUGGAAUGAAAGGAAAUUUGGGGAGCAACAGAACAAGAAAAAGCUCGGUGAAACCGAUGAAGAUGCGGCGAUGAAAUCUAAUUCUCGAAGCAGAGAUAGGCAUUAUUCUUGCUGUCACUCUCAGAUCGAACAACGAUUACGGUGACCCAACAACUCAUUUCUAUUCUCUUAUAUAUUCUAUUCCCCUCUUGUCCUUAAAGCUUCCCCCUUUUAUAUAUUCCCUAUUCCCCCGACUGGGAUGGUCUCAAAGCUCCACACUCCCAAGAACCCGCCGAGAGCUUCUCGCCAGCUGCAAUGCGCGGAGAAGGCUUGCUCCGUCUCGACGGCCUGAUUAAAUCUGAGCUCCCCGAUCCGUGCUUCGUCCCCGGUGGGCUGUUUCUUGAUGAUUCCCUCCCAUGUUCUUCUUCCUUUGUGGCUGUGGUCUCUGGGAAGAGCCGGUCGGGUCCGAAAUUGGUGGUGGGUUGUUCUGAAAAUUUGAGCUUGGGGGCAUUACGGGCGAGGGAGGGGUUUAGGAAUGGUGGGUUCUUGUCCGUGAGCCUGUCCAUAAAGGGGAGUGAGGAAGGCUGUUUUCCGGAAUCGACGAAAGUUUUGGGAAACAAUGGGGAAGGUGACAAACUUGAAGUGGCGGUGGAGGAGGAACAGGAUAAGUCGAAGAAGAAGGGGAGGAAGUCGGGUGCUUUGAAUACCACCAAGCAUCUAUGGGCUGGAGCUGUUGCUGCAAUGGUCUCAAGAACCUUCGUUGCCCCUCUUGAGAGAUUAAAGCUGGAAUAUAUAGUACGAGGAGAACAGAAGAACCUCUCUGAGCUCAUCAAGAAAAUUGCAGUCACUCAGGGAUUGAAGGGAUUCUGGAAAGGCAAUUUUGUGAAUAUCCUAAGGACAGCCCCAUUUAAGGCCAUAAAUUUCUAUUCUAAUGAUACGUACAGAAAUCAAUUGCUGAAAUGGUCUGGUAAUGAGGAAACGACGAAUUUCGAGAGGUUCAUUGCUGGUGCCGCAGCAGGAAUUACCGCUACCAUUCUAUGCUUGCCAAUGGACACGAUAAGAACAACGAUGGUGGCACCUGGUGGUGAAGCCCUUGGUGGUGUGAUCGGCACUUUCCACCACAUUGUUAGGACAGAGGGCUUCUUCUCUCUCUACAAGGGCCUUGUGCCUUCAAUUGUUGCAAUGGCCCCUUCAGGAGCUGUUUUCUAUGGCGUCUAUGACAUACUAAAGUCGGCCUACCUGCACACACCUGAGGGAAGGAAGAGGCUUCAGCACAUGAAGCAGGAAGGGCAGCAGCUGAAUGCCAUGGAACAGCUCGAGCUGGGCCCCAUGAGGACACUGCUCUAUGGGGCGAUCGCAGGUGCUUGUGCUGAAGCCACCACGUAUCCAUUCGAAGUUGUCAGGAGACAGCUUCAGUUGCAGGCACGGACAGCAAGGUUGGGCGCUGUAGCAACAUGUAUGAAGAUUGUCGAACAAGGGGGUGUCCCAGCCCUCUAUGCAGGAUUGAUCCCCAGCUUGCUGCAGGUUUUACCUUCAGCAGCAAUAAGUUACUUUAUGUACGAGUGCAUGAAGAUAGUUCUCAAAGUGGAAUCGAGGUAGAAGCCUGAUCCGCUGAGCCUCUGCUGGUGCUCAAUUCGUCGACGACAAAGUGAUUUUAGUCUCCUUUUUUUCUGUGUUCUUUCUUUUAUUUUUUUUUUCUUGAUCAUAAAGCUAUUAUAUUUAUUAGCCUCUCAUUUACUCAAAUUGAGAUGGUCGAGAGAAUGACAGGAAUGUCUGAGUGUCCCUUUUCCUAGGACAUGAGACUCAUAUUUUCUUUUAUCUUGCAUCCCAAAAUAGCUGGACAUUGCAAAAUGGAAGCGGUUAUAGUGAAUGGAGCAACAGAUACAGAGAAACAUCGAUUGCAUGGUUUUCCUCUCC